UCGCAAAACUGUUGUAGUUCAUAUUAGCCACAAGACGGAGAUACAGUAGCAGAUACUGGACUAAUUCUUAACCUCAGACCUGACAUGAAUGGCCUCUCUAAUGCAGCACCUGUGUACCAAGAAAAAUGCUACAUAGCGGGUCAAGUGUCAAUCUUAGAAGAUCUGUAGACAGGGAAAUAAAAAGUAGCCGCUGACCACACUGAUGAUCCAAAUGCACUUGAAAUGAACCUUAGCCUCUUUGAUUUUGCUGGGGAUCUACAGUUUUGCUAUGAAUUUGGAAACACAUCUUGCAUUAAAUCCACCUUUCCAAGCAUCACUCGUACCUUCAUGUAUAUGUUUAUGAGUGGAGCUAUUCUUUUUACGAUAAGUGGAAACAUUAUAGUUAUUAUCGCUAUAGCACAUUUCAGGCAGCUUCAUACAAACACCAACUGUCUGGUACUUUCCUUGGCUGUUGUUGAUUUUCUUCUUGGAUGCGCGGUCAUGCCAUAUAGCAUGUUACGAUCCGUGGAAGGUUGUUGGUAUUUUGGGGACCUGUUUUGUAAAAUCCAUACUGGUACUGACAUCAUGCUAAGUACAGCUUCAAUUUUUCAUUUGACAUUUAUUGCUAUAGACAGAUAUUAUGCUGUAUGUGACCCUCUAAGAUACAGAAUGAAAAUUACUGUUGGUACAGUAAUGUCCAUGAUUAUUAUUAGCUGGGUAGUUCCAGCGAUCUUUGCAUAUGCACUGAUAUUUUUGGAACUUAAUAUCAAAGGAGCAGUAGAUAUUUACUACCAGCAUUUCACAUGCAUGGGUGACUGCACUGUCUUUUUCAGCCAGGGGUCUAGUGUUGUCUGCUCAAUGUUUUCAUUUUUCAUUCCUGGAUUUAUCAUGUUAUGUAUUUAUGGGAAGAUCUAUCACGUUGCCCAGCAGCAAGCAAAAUGUAUUAAUAAUACAGUAAAUCCAUUUCAAGAAACAGUAAAGGCUCCAAAUGUUAUUUCUGAAAUUAAGGAAAGGAAGGCUGCUAAGACAUUGGGUACUGUAAUGGGAGUUUUCCUCACUUGCUGGUCUCCAUUUUUCUUUUGCACCAUCAUAGAUCCCUUUUUAAACUACUCAGUCCCACCUGUGCUUAUAGAUGCUUUGGUUUGGUUUGGUUAUUUAAAUUCAACUUUCAACCCUUUAGUAUAUGCUUUUUUCUACAACUGGUUUCGGAAGUCUCUGAAAAUAAUUGUGUCUGGCAAAAUCUUUGAAAAUGGGUCAGCAAGAUCUCAGCUAUUUUUGGAAUAAGUAGCAAAAACAUGUAUUCAUAUAUCUUAUGUCCUAUGAGUUGAAAUGCAAUGCCAAGGUAGAAUACGAUGCAAGUGAAAGUACUGCCACAGCUUUGCACAAAUGGGCCAUGUCUUUUCUAAUUUUAAAUUCUUUUUAUCAGUUUCACAUUGACAUCUCUGAAAUAAAAAUUGCAAAAAUUACUGAAGUGUGCAUGGAAUAGAUAUAAAGCUUAUUUCAUUUUAAUUAGACAGCACAAUGAUAUGACACCUGACAUAUAAAUACUGAAGGGAUGACAAUGGGCAAUCAUCCAGAUGUCUACUCAAUCAUUAUAAAAUCUGACACUUCACCUUUCAGUAUUAUUUCUUUGAAUUAAAGUUGAUUCAUUUAUGAAUGCAUGUCAAGUAUGAUUUGAUGAAACAGACCUAAAAUACAGGCAGUACAUAUGAUUCAUUGACUAAGCAGCAACAUAUAUUGUUCAGCAGUUCCAUGUUCAACACAUCACAGAUCAUAAAGUCAGCUAGAAAAAAUUAAGAGCAAAUCUUAAAUACACUAGUUAAUUUGAUCCAUUUUGAAAAUCGUGAAGAAAUCUAGGUGAAGUUUUUACAUACAUAUAAGUAUCCACACAAACACACAUGCA